GAGGACCUUCGCGUAGACGGUCGUGGCUGUGAGGACUACAGAUGUGCGGAAGUAGAAACAGAUGUUGUGUCAAACACAAGUGGGUCUGCAAGAGUAAAGCUGGGACACACUGAUAUCUUGGUAGGUGUGAAAGCUGAAAUGGGAACACCGAAGUUAGAGAAACCAGAUGAAGGUUACCUGGAAUUCUUUGUUGACUGUUCUGCAAACGCUAUACCUGAACUUGAAGGCCGGGGAGGAGAAGAACUUGGCGCAGAGAUAGCAAAUACACUCUACAGAGUAUUUAGCAGCGAGAGCAGUGUAGACUUGAAAUCACUUUGUAUUAAUCCCAGAGACCACUGCUGGGUUCUCUAUGUUGAUAUAUUGUUAUUGGAAUGUGGUGGGAACCUCUUUGAUGCAGUCUCUAUCGCAGUGAAAGCAGCUCUCUUUAACACAAGAAUACCCAAAGUGCGUGUUCUGGAGGAUGAAGAAGGCACUAAAGAGAUCGAGCUGUCUGAUGACCCUUAUGAUUGUAUUCGACUUAAUGUGGAUAAUGUGCCCUGCAUCGUCACGCUAAGCAGAAUUGGAUACCGGCAUGUGGUGGAUGCCACCCGUCAGGAAGAAGCCUGUUCUUUGGCCAGCCUGCUUGUUUCUGUGACCAGUAAAGGCAACCUCACUUCUAUGAAGAAACUGGGGAAAGGGAGCCUGGAUCCUGAGACUAUUUUUGAAAUGAUGGAGACUGGAAAAAGAGUAGGCAAGUCAUUGCACAAAGCCCUUCAGAAGACUUUGGAUGAAGAAGAGAGUUUGGGAGCCUCGCGGCAGAAAGUUGGAUUUCUAGGAUGAGGUUUUAUUAAAUGUUCAAAACUGUUUUUAACUGAUUGUACA